AUGUUUGAUGUGUCGUGCCCACGGAACAGAUUGUACAUUCCCGAACGGGCGAGCAAAGGCGACACCCCAAAAGAGGCAUUCCGCAGAGACUGCGCCGCUACGUCCACCCCCGCUCUGCGGACACCAGUUGCGGCUCAUCUUUUGCAUGAAUCUCUUAUGGCGCCGUCGCCACAAUCCUCGACUCAUACACAGGCCCAGAAUGACCAGGAUACACCACUGUCUCUCGAGGCUGAUGAUGAUAACCCGCAUAUUCUUGGCCCGGCCGUGACCGGGGACAACCAUGUUCUGGCGGACUAUCUAUCAAAUAUCUCGGGCGGCCAGGGUAUACGUGAGAUAAGGCCUGUUCAGCCUGGCAGUUCCUCCUCGCCCGUUAUAUUCACGAAAGUGCAAAAAAGGCCAGUCGGUCUUAUGGUCAAUUCUAGCCCGGCGCUACAGAAACUUCAGACCAUCGAAAAGCUUGUUGAGCCGUGGGGACCCCACCUGAUUGAGCUAUAUUUGAGGAAGGCCAAUCCCUGUCUCCCACUACUCGAUGAAAGCUCAUUUCGAGCCCAGUAUAUAAAUGCCAGACAUCGCAUCUCCCCUGCAUUGCUUGCCAAUUUAUACGCUCAUUCACUGACCUUUUGGCAACAUGACCCUGUUCUAGCACGAGAGAGGUGUCCAGAUGCUCGCUUCGUAUGGAACCUCGCCAUUGAGGCUUCAUACUCCGAGCUACACGCGUCGGCUGGUAUAUCGACCGUCAAAGCUCUUUUACUGGACGUAGGAGGCCGACCGACUACGUCAAUGACUGGCAACGGCGUUAGACUUAGCUCGGCUAUUUCUUUGUGCCAUUCGCUUGGGUUAAAUCGGAACCCGCUUCCAUGGGAUAUACCGCAGGCGGAGAAGCAUCUGAGAAUGAAGAUCUGGUGGUCUAUCUUGCUUCAUGAUCGCUGGUCAAGUCUUGCUUAUGGUACACCACCCCAUAUAAGACGUGCACAGUAUGAUGUACCGCUACCGAUACCAGAAUACCUAUCCGACUGGGAGCAAUACCAUGAAGCAAACUCUGUUUUCAUUGAGCUCAUGAAUCUGACCGAUGUACUCGAUCACUGCCUGGAGCACGUGUACAACAUUCGUAUUGAGACUCAAGGGCCGACACGAAACCUUGACUUAGAUCUGAAUAAGUGGGUGGAUUCACUCACAGGGGAUAUUCGGAAGAUUAUAAUCCGCGGGUCAAAUCUCGACAUUCCUGGUGCUUCCAACCUCCGCUUAGCAUACUUGGCCACGAGGCUCUUGUUGAGGCGGAUAGAACUCGAUAGGGAGAGACAAUCACAAGAGCCUAAACCAGAGCAAAUGGCAAAUCGGAUUAUGGAAGCCCGCAGGACAGCAGAAGACAUAGUAGUGCUGGUACAGGAACUCGGCGAGGCACAACUUGGUGACUUUUGGCUUCCAGUUGUGGCUUUCACUUUCUCUUCAACAGUCACGUUCCUGAUUCGAUGUGCGUUGGAGACAGAGCAGGUGGCUGGUCUUUGUUACAGUGCAUCUCUGAGAAUGGCCAGUGACUUUUUAGAUUCCCUGCGAUCACACCAGAAGCGCUUUGGGUGGGAUUUGGCCGAUAUUUGCUUAGCACAGCAUUCGGAGGUGAUUCAAAAGUUGUUGAGCUCUGCCCCAUUGAUUCAGAACUCUGAUGGCACAGAUGUUGAGUUGCGCCAACCUUUCAUGCCAGAUAUGGCCUUUGUGGACGAAAUGUUCCCAAGUAUCUGGGACACACUACAAAGUAUUUAA